AUGCGUUGGACAUCCCAGGAGGAUAAGGAGUUGUUGAAACAUUACGAGACGCAUGGUCCUCAAUGGCAGAAGAUUUCUUGUAUGUCGAAACCCCAUCGUUCACCAAAGUCAGUUAGGCAACGUUAUUUAUUUCAUUUAUGUCCCGGAAUUAAUACAAAACCUCUUACGAUCGCAGAGCGUCAAAAAAUAAUCACACUGAGCAAGGAAUAUGGUCACCAAUGGUCAAAAAUAGCAAAGGCGUUGGAAGGAAGAACGUCACUACAAGUGAAAAACUUCUGGCAUAACAGCCAUCGUAACCAACCGGAAAAAAUGUCAAUUGACUACAUCGUUAAUUGA